UUGGCAGCCCUUGCAGAAACCCGUUUGUAUGCGAUUGGUCGCUGGCUUGGUUAGGGCGAUGACGUAAGCUCCAAGUAAAAUUGCCGCACUCUGUAUAUGUCCGUGCGCGCCCUUUGGUUGGUCACGUUGCGUGCGCGCUCCGGAAUGUUGUGAAUUGAAGUUAGUCGUUGUCUGCCUCGGGGCCGCGCCCGGGGCCUUAAAGGGACAGGGACCAGCACUUUUGAAAACGCUGCACGUUCACGAGACUCGGGCGUGCUCCCCCAGUAUUCGGGGGAGUUGAGUGCCUUCUACACAUCCCUCUGCUGAUGCCGAAAUAGAAGACUAGCAGCCAGAGGCCCGAGCCUGCCAGAGUGCCGACGACAGGUGUGAAGAUACGGCGUGUUGUGGAAGCCCCUCUCACCACUCCGCCUUCCCGACGUCACAAAUGCGACCAUGGGAGCUGGCAGUGAAUAGGUGGCCUCCCUCAGCCCCCAUUAACCAGCGGAGGUUCUUGGGGCCCUGCAGCACCACUGCACAACUCAGACGAAGUCCUCCGAUUAGGCGCCAGUGGGGACGGAGGGAUAGACCUCAGCAGAGUGUCUUUGUACAGGAUGAUAGUUUUGUGAGGCCUGCCUUUUUUCCUGUAGAUGAUCGUAGAGUUUUUGCCCUCACCAGCGCUCCACCACGAAUGCUCCAUCCUGCUACACACUCCACUCAACAGACGCCAUUCAUGGUCGACCUCCAUGAGCAGGUGCACCAGGGACCUGUCCCUUUAUCAUACACUGUUACAACCGUAACAACACAAGGCUUCCCUUUGCACACUGGCCAGCACAUCCCAGGUUGCAGCACUCAGCAGCUGCCAGCAUGUUCUGUCAUGUUCAGUGGGCAGCACUACCCACUCUGCUGCCUGCCCCCUCCGCUGAUUCCAGGGUGCACAAUGCAGCAGCUUCCUGUCUCAUACCAGCCAUUUCCCCCCCUGCUGUCCGGAGAACAUUACAUCUUACACCCGCACCCACCAAUGCCUCCACAACAGCCUCCCCAUCUGGCUUCACUUGCCCCCUUUGUUACAGUGCAGCCCCAGAGAAUGCCUCUGCAGAGGAUAGAGAAUGAGUUGGAUGUUCGGGGGGACCAGCAUCACAUGGGCAAUUUCCCAUUCCAUCACUCACACCCUGUGCCUGCACUGCCCCAUUCAAUGCCCAUGCAUUACCUCUCCCAUGAUGCACUGCACCAGGAUAUUUCCUUUCCAGUGCCAUAUGCUCAUCUGAUGCCACGGCGAUUGAAUGCCCAACGGUAUCGCCUACAGCAACCACUGCCACCUCCACCUCUGCCUCCUUCGUAUUACCCAAGUUUUCUACCCUACUUUCUUUCCAUGCUUCCUGUGUCUCCCACCUCUGUUGGUCCAGCCAUAAGCCUAGAUUUGGAUGUGGAUGAUGUAGAGAUGGAGAAUUAUGAGGCAUUGUUGAAUCUAGCAGAACGUCUGGGGGAAGCUAAACCACGGGGACUAACCAAAGCCAACAUUGAGCAGCUUCCUUCUUACCGCUUCAACCCUGAGAGCCACCAGUCUGAGCAGACACUAUGUGUGGUUUGCUUUAGUGACUUUGAAAGCCGACAGCUCCUCAGAGUGUUGCCGUGUAAUCACGAGUUCCAUGCGAAGUGUGUUGAUAAAUGGCUAAAGUCAAACCGCACAUGUCCAAUCUGCCGGGCUGAUGCCUCUGAGGCUCAUAGAGAUGGAGAAUGAGGCGCAAAUAAUGUCCCCUCACCUCCUCCUGGUGCACAAACCCCGAGGGAUCAACACACAAUAAACCAGCCUCCUUGUCUGACUCGGAUGCUUCAGCUUCUCUCUCCACCUUCGUCUGUCCUUCCAGCUUGGACACAGCAGCUUUGGAUGUGGAGGUGGUGUCGAGUCACACAUUCCACGUUCUCCAUGCUAAUACCUCUACACCUCAAUACUUCCAACCAGUACCCAUAAAUUCUCAUAUUUGUGGGCUAAGGAAGUAAUUUGAGUUGUGUUGGAGUUAACAUUGGUUGCAAAUGGGUGAGAUUAUUUCUCUCCCUUCCUUUUUGAGGGUAGCUUAUGCGUAAAAUAAAAAGACUGGGCCGUUAUGGCCAGUGCUAGCCCCCAAAGGGUAUUUUGAGGCAUUACCAGGGACACCCUGUUUAUAUAUUUUUGCUGCCAAUCCCUUUGGUUGAGGGAAAGGCCACAGCUGCUUUUUUAAUGUUUGCACUGAAGCCCUAGUAGGGCUUUUUCUUAUUAUUUCCUUGUUUUUAUAAUGGCCUGUAUUAGGUUAUUUUAUAAGCUUUAG